AUGGGAAUUGAUAUUAUAUGGCUUUUACCGAUUCAUCCGAUUGGUAUAACUAAUCGCAAAGGCUCACUUGGUUCACCGUAUUCGAUAAAAGAUUUUCGUGCUAUCAAUCCAGAAUAUGGUACAAUGAAUGACUUCCAUCGUUUAGUUUCAGAAAUUCAUCGACUAGGUAUGAAACUCAUGAUAGACAUCGUCUAUCGACAUACUAGCCAUGAUUGUUCAUGGGUAAAAGAACAUCCAGAAUGGUAUAUAAGAGAUGAAAAGGACAAUGCCAUUUGUCUAAUUCCUCAAUGGACGGAUAUUUUGGAUUUGAAGUUCGAAGGAAACGAAACGACAUUAUGGCCUGAACUAAUUGAUAUACUCAAGUUUUGGUGUGAACAUGGUGUUGAUGGAUUUCGCAUGGAUGUUGCUUCUUGUGUUCCCAUGGAAUUCUGGCGACAAGCUAGACGUUCCGUGACCGAAGCAAAUCCUCGUUGUAUUUGGUUGGCUGAAUCCAGUUGGUUUAGUGCUAUGAAAAGUUAUCGUGAUCAAAACGGAUUAGUCCAUACAGAUGCAGAACUUUAUGAAACUUUUGAUGUAUGUUAUGACUAUGAUCUGUAUGUGGCGUGGCGCGCUGCAGUGCAAGAGGCCAUUCCGAUCAAAUCCUAUCUCGAACUUGUUCGUCUUCAAACAUUCAUCUAUCCAAAAGACUUUAUCAAAAUGAGAUUUGUUGAAAACCAUGAUCAAGAUCGAAUUGCGCACAUCUGUCGAGACAAUCCAUGGAAAGCACUGGCAUGGACAGCUUUUAGUGCAUUCAAUAAAGGAUGCUUCUUGGUAAACGCUGGUCAAGAAACGGAACAAAUAAAACUUUCAUCUCUGUUCGAAAAAGAUUGGGUUGACUGUAGAGAAGGACGUUCACUUGAAGAGUUUACACGCAAGCUGAUACAAAUCAAGAAACAUCCGGUGAUCGACGCUAAAGGAGCCAGAUUAACGUUGGCCCAUCAUAGCCCAUGUAUUGUGGUCAUAUGGGAGGUUGCAUCAACCUGUGAAGGUCUCAUCGGAGUGUUCAAUGUGACACAAGAAGCCAACAAUGAGCAACUCAUACUGAUUCCCAAUUUGCCCGAAGGUAAUUAUGAAAAUUUAUUCGUCGAUAUGGGCGUGAACGCACUACUCGAACAUGAAUUUCGAACAGUUUCAGUGAAUAAGAAUAGUAUGCUGCCUGUACCCAUGGUUGCCACUGUUCUUCAUUAUACUGGUGUUCUUCUCCAUCCUAAACCAUUUUAUAGUGAAAUAUUCGAUUUUAACUACAGACAUACGUAA